UUGUGGGAGAAUCGCCAUUUUUCUACCGACGUGCCGUUUAGUCAAUAAAAACUCCGAGAUGUCGUUCAAAGCUUCUCUGCAGUGCUGCUAAUGCUAUUUUCCUACAAGUAAGCGCUUCAAUUAGGAUAUACGCUGCUUUGGAAAAGCCUCAAAUCACAGGAAGAGGGUAGAAUCAAUCACAAUAACAAGAGUAGAGAGAAGAAAAGGAAAAUGGGUUGGAUCGGAGACACCGUAGACUCCGUUAAAUCGAUCCAGAUUCGGCAGCUACUCACCCAGGCCGUCAGUUUAGGAAUGAUUGUUACAUCUGCGCUAAUAAUAUGGAAGGCAUUGAUGUGCAUCACUGGCAGUGAAUCUCCAGUGGUGGUUGUUCUUUCUGGAAGUAUGGAACCUGGCUUCAAGAGGGGUGACAUUUUGUUUUUGCACAUGAGUAAAGAUCCUAUUCGUGCAGGAGAAAUUGUUGUUUUCAAUGUUGAUGGUCGUGAAAUUCCAAUUGUUCAUCGUGUAAUUAAGGUCCAUGAAAGGCAAGAUACUGGGGAGGUUGAUGUCCUCACAAAAGGAGAUAACAAUUAUGGGGAUGACAGGCUUUUGUAUGCUCAAGGGCAGCUCUGGCUUCAGCGGCAUCACAUCAUGGGCAGAGCUGUUGGGUUCUUACCUUAUGUUGGUUGGGUAACGAUUAUAAUGACAGAAAAGCCUAUUAUCAAGUAUAUUCUUAUUGGCGCAUUGGGACUGCUUGUCAUAACUUCAAAGGACUAAUGGCUUAAACAAAAUUCGAGAGCUGCGAUGUAGUUGUUAGUAGCCGCCCUCCUGGCUUGACCUUGAAUGUAUCAAAUUUGCUAUCCAUGUUGUAAGGUGGACAAAAGAAAGAAGGAUGAUUGUGCACCAGAAGCACUGUCAGCCUUGUUUUGUUCGCUUUGCUUGUAGAAUUUUGGCUGAACUGUUCCAGGAUUUCUGCUUAUGCCCAAGCCCGCUUGCAAACCAUAAAGCCGUCUGGAUUUUAGGAUUUGUUU